AUGUACCGGCCCCCGUCGCCCGCUCCCCCCUGGAGCUACGCCCCGCCGGACUGCCCCGCCGAAGGGUCCUCUCUCAGGAGACAGCAGAUUCCUGGCUACUCCCCACCGCAGACCCCGGGAAUGCCCAUCCCACAGUAUCCAUACGGAGACAACAACCCAGGGGUCACGCCGCAGGGGCCUCCGCCGCAGCCCAGACCCCCGGAGGAGACGUGGGCUCCCCCCACCGUCUAUGGGGUGCAGCCGCGUUACGCGUGGCCCGCUGCUUCGGUGCAUGGGAACCUCUUCAGCUCCGAUUCGCACCCAUCCUGGACCAGCAGUGGAGCUCCUUCCCACCCUCCUGCGUGGGACUCUAAGGAUACUGCUUACGACAAACCUGAGCAAAGUGUGAACCAACACAACUACUAUUCCGAUGUCAAUCACCAGCACUCUGGGACAAUGAAUGACCACAGGCCAGGCACUCCGCUCAACGCCAAGCCAUCCCCCUCAAACCCCAAGGUGCAGUACAGCGCACAGCCCCAAAUGUAUGACAGUGCAUCUCGGAAGCUUUUGGCUGGGAACCGGGAGGCUGUUUUCAAACCUGGUGACCAGCCUUCAACAAAUUCUGCAGCCAUCCAGCCAGAGAUUCAGAGAAUCCUCCACGUUAUGGGGGAGGCUGAACAGCUGGAGGAAGAGGUGGAUGAAUUUGUCGGAAAAAAGACAGAUAAAUCCUACCGGCUUUUGGAGGAGAUGUUGACCAAGCUGCUGUUGGAACUGGAUUCCAUCGAGACUGGUGGCCAGGACAGUGUUCGGCAGGCCAGGAAAGAGUCCGUCCACAGAAUUCAGGCCAUACUGGAAAAACUGGAAAGAAAGGGAUUGUGA